AUGUGGAUUGUUAAUAAUAGAUCAAGAAGUAUGAUCCCAGAAGAAAUCUUGAGAAUGGACAAGAGAUCAAUCGAACUAUAUAAGGAAGUUUUGCAAGUGGAGCAUGAGUCUGUUCAUAAUAUUCGCGUUAUGGUUGUUGGUCAUUAUGGAGUUGGAAAGACAACUCUGACAAAACGUUUAUUUAAAGAAGAUAUAAACAUAAACAAGCAAGAGAGCACAAACGGAAUUGACGUGCAUAUUAGAAAAUGCAAAGUGUCUCUCGAAAAUGGCGAGUGGAAAAUGCUUGAUACAGGUCAGAAGCCUAUACAUUAUCGUUUGGUGAAAUUGUUGACCAAGAAAAGGCUCGACAAGAAGUGCCCGGAAGAGGAAGAUGUUCCUAUUUCAACUGAAGUAAAGUGUACGGGUAGCGAUUAUACCGUGUAUCAAGAGACAGACAGUUGGGACGCUCCAGAAGUCUUUGAGAAACCUAUUAGUUCUACACUGGACUCAGAAAUGUCUUUUAGAAAUCAGCUUUGGGAUUUGAUAAAGGAACAGUCUCAGCUACCUACAGACGGAAAAGACACAAAUACAGCAGAUCUCUCGGUUUGGGACUUUGCAGGACAAUAUGCGUUCUAUGCAACACACCAGGUGUUUUUGUCCAGACGCGCUGUGUACUUGCUGGUCACUGAUAUGUCCAAACACAUGGAGGAUAUAGUUAAAGAUGACCACUGCUUCCCGGAUAGUGAUGGCGCGAAAAGCUGGAGAAUAUCAGAGUUUGUUGAGUUUUGGUUAAAGUCCAUACACGAGUUUUGUAGCUCUUCAGAUGAUCAGGGGCCACCGGUCUUGUUUGUAGGAACAUUUGCUGACAAAUUAAAUCAG